AUGUCGGCCCGGCGGCGGCGACGAGCGGCCGCCGAUGAGGAGGAGGAGAAGAAGGAGGUGGAGGAGGAGGAUGGCAGCGACAGAGAAGUGGAUUUGGAUGAAGGACUCGUUGAUUUGGAUCUCAGAAAUGAUUCGGAUACCCCCGAUGUUCCACCACCAACAGACAGCACUCCAGAAAUCCUCAAAAGGGCUUUGUCGGGCUUGUCUGCCAGAUGGAAAAAUUGGUGGAUUCGUGGGAUUCUAACGCUAGCUAUGAUUUCUGUGUUUUUUCUGAUCAUAUACAUGGGAUCUUUCAUGCUGAUGCUUCUGGUCUUGGGGAUCCAAGUGAAAUGUUUCCACGAAAUCAUUACUAUAGGUUACAGAGUGUAUCACUCGUAUGAUUUACCGUGGUUCAGAUCCCUCAGCUGGUAUUUCUUGCUGUGUGUCAAUUACUUUUUUUAUGGGGAGACUGUGGCUGAUUACUUUGGUACGUUUGUUCAGAGAAGAGAACAGCUUCAGUUCUUAAUUCGUUACCACAGGUUCAUCUCUUUUGCACUCUACUUGGCAGGCUUCUGCAUGUUUGUUCUGAGUUUAGUGAAGAAACACUAUCGUCUGCAGUUUUACAUGUUCGCAUGGACUCAUGUCACUUUGCUGAUCACUGUAACUCAAUCUCAUCUAGUCAUCCAAAAUCUCUUUGAAGGCAUGAUCUGGUUUCUGGUGCCAAUUUCGAGUGUUAUCUGCAAUGAUAUUGCUGCUUACAUUUUUGGAUUCUUUUUUGGCAGAACUCCAUUAAUUAAGCUGUCUCCCAAAAAGACCUGGGAAGGGUUCAUUGGAGGUGGCUUCUCCACAGUUCUAUUUGGAUUUGUUUUUUCCUAUUUCUUGGCUCAACAUCAAUACUUUGUCUGCCCAGUGGAAUAUAACAGUGAAACCAACAGAUUUGUGACAGAGUGUGAACCUUCAGAGCUUUUCCAGCUGAAGAAAUACUCUGUGCCACUAUUGCUUCAGGCUGUGUUGGGAUGGGAAACGGUGAAUAUGUACCCAUUCCAGAUGCACAGCAUUGCACUGUCAACGUUUGCCUCACUAAUUGGGCCAUUUGGAGGAUUCUUUGCCAGUGGAUUUAAACGAGCGUUCAAAAUCAAGGAUUUUGCAGACACAAUCCCUGGGCACGGUGGUAUAAUGGAUCGCUUUGAUUGUCAGUACUUGAUGGCUACUUUUGUUCAUGUCUACAUCACCAGUUUCAUAAGGGGCCCAAAUCCCAGCAAAGUACUGAAGCAGCUGUUGGUCCUUCAGCCCGAGCAACAACUCAAUGUGUACAGAACCCUGAAAUCUCAUCUUGUCGAAAAAGGGAUCCUGCAGCCAUCUCUGCGAGGAUAGUUUGCCAAAACAGAGGAAUGGUGAGAAAAAGACAUGCAGACGUUGUCUGUGGAAAAGCACUGUAAGUGUGCACAAAGGUAAUGGCUGAAGGAAGGCUACAUCAUGAUCUGGACGAGGUGAAUGUUUCUUUCCUUAAAGGAAUGCGAAUGCUGUGACUUUCCAGUAGGAUACAGGAGAAGAGUUAUUCCUAAAAUAAUUAAAAUGCUUACAGAGUAA